UUAAAAUGAGCUAUUCAUGAACGGGCUCAAGCUCAACUCUAACAAAGUAACGUUAACUUUGGGGGGCCGAGGUACUGUCCAACUGAAAAUAUUCGGGCUUGAGGUGGGCUCGCGAAUGCGUCUGUAUAUAUGUGAGAUUGAUAGCUCUAUAAAAGUUAAAACAGGAAAGGGAGCGAAUGGGAACCGUAACAGCGCCAUGGAAGCAGCUUCUUCUCAACGCUUUGGAAUCCAAUUCCCACCUCAAGCACUCUUCUUUCUUUCAACUCGCAACGGUUGGAUAUAAUGGAAGACCCUCGAAUCGCACUGUGGUUUUUAGAGGAUUUCAAGAGAACAGCGACUCGUUUCAAAUCAACACCGAUAGCAGGAGUCAUAAGAUAGAAGAGCUGAAGCAUUGCCCUUUUGCUGAGAUAUGUUGGUACUUUACUGAUUCUUGGGAACAGUUUCGAAUCGGUGGAAGAAUUGAUGUUAUUGAUGGAUCCAAUCCUGACACCCUAAAAAUUCAGCAAAGGGAGAAAUCUUGGUUUGCUAGUUCUGUUAAAUCAAGGCUACAAUACUUGGGACCUAAUCCUGGUCUCCCCUUCAUAAGUGAGCAACUGAAUGAGGAAACUUCUUUAGAUCCUUCAGCAGGUCCAGUUGGUGCAUUUUGUCUGCUGGUUCUAGAUCCUGACCAGGUGGUCUUCCCAGUCUUCCUAUAUCUUUCCUCCUUUAUGAUAGAUAUUAGUUGGGCUGUUAUAAGGAUUAUGAUUUUUUCUUUUCCCCUCGAAAGCCAAUGACUCAGAGUUGCGGCUGAGCGUUGAAAUGGUCAAUCAGAUGGGCUCCUAAGGGUUUAAUUUGAAUGAUGAAUGGAGAAACGCCAAGCUGCAUCUUUUUAAGGUACGCCCCAACCCAUCUGAGAUGUAUUAAUCUUUUGUUAGCACUCAUCCAAUACAGUUUAGGAUCAUAUGAAGCGCUGGUGACAGGCAUUUACCAUCCACCUUUCAAAGGUUAUCUUUAUGUUGUUGAUAUAUCAUCUUUCAUCUCAGUUAUUUUGACCUAACAACAUGCAGAUGGACAGGUCUAAUUGUGUAAGUCAUGUUUGAAUAUUGAUUCUUGGUUGCCUGCACUCUCUAUUGCACUAGCACACGUUAUGAAUUUAUUGUUUUCAUCAAUAAAGCCAUCGAUCUCUAGGUAUUGUUUCCCAAAAAUUUUAUGUGGAUAUUCUUAUUGUAGUGCAAUGAAUGGAUCUAUCAUCCAUGGCAUAUGUGUAUAUCUAUGUUUUCCACAUAGUUUGCCACUUGAAAUGUAUCUGCGGAUCUUCAUCACCGGUCGGUCAAGAAUUUAUACCCAUAGCAUACUUUUCUUUUCUGGGUCUUAAAACAAAUAUCAUAACAGUUUUUUCUCCCAAGUUAAUGUAUAUCUAUUGGGAAAAAGAACCUGGGCGUGUGACUUGUGCGAAAAAAAGAC